AUAUAUCAAGUUGCUCAAAAUAUCAAGUAUUUCUCUUAUCAGUUGAUUUUUAUCCAAAUUCGAAUUAACUUUCUAGAUUGUUGUGUUUUUGCAAAAUGCUUCGUUAUACGGCACGGAUUUUGAAUGGGAUUUACCCUCUAAUGCCAAGGCAAGUAUUAAAACGUUCCGCACACCAGGUGCCCGAGAAGCUGAAAAAAGUUGAGACGGACAAGGACCCGGAAUUCUCGGAAAUGGUGCUAUAUUAUUACCACAAGGCGGCGCAGACGAUGGAGCCCGCAUUGCUCAAGGAAAUGGAAAAGUAUCCGCAUAUGAAGCCGGAGGAGCGUCAGGCUCGAGUCACCGCUAUACUGAAUCUGCUGGGCAGCGUCUCCACCUCGGUGGAGGUCAAUUUUCCCAUCGUUCGCAAAAACGGCACCUACGAGAUCAUCAGCGGUUAUCGUUCGCAUCAUGUCCGCCAUCGAUUGCCUCUCAAGGGCGGAAUCCGAUACGCUCUGGACGUGAACGAGAGCGAAGUCAAAGCCCUUGCCGCCAUUAUGACGUUCAAGUGCGCAUGUGUGAAUGUACCUUAUGGUGGAUCGAAGGGUGGCAUUUGUAUCGAUCCAAAGAAGUAUACAGUGGAUGAGCUGCAGACGAUCACGCGGCGAUACACGAUGGAGUUGCUCAAGCGUAAUAUGAUUGGCCCAGGCAUCGAUGUGCCUGCGCCCGAUGUAAACACUGGUCCGCGUGAGAUGAGCUGGAUUGUGGAUCAGUACCAGAAGACAUUUGGCUACAAGGACAUCAAUUCCUCGGCUAUUGUCACCGGGAAGCCCGUUCACAACGGCGGCAUUAAUGGGCGCCAUUCGGCAACGGGCAGAGGCGUUUGGAAGGCGGGCGAUCUCUUCCUGAAGGAUAAGGAAUGGAUGGAUCUGCUCAAGUGGAAGACGGGUUGGAAGGACAAGACGGUCAUAGUGCAGGGAUUCGGCAAUGUGGGCUCCUUUGCCGCUAAGUAUGUGCAUGAGGCGGGCGCCAAAGUCAUCGGGAUAAAAGAGUUUGAUGUUUCUCUCGUCAAUAAGGAUGGCAUUGAUAUCAAUGAUCUUUUCGAAUACACGGAGGAAAAGAAGACGAUUAAGGGAUAUCCGAAAGCUCAGGAGUCUAAGGAUGACUUGCUGAUAGCCGAAACCGAUAUCCUAAUGCCGUGUGCCACCCAAAAAGUGAUAACCAUCGACAAUGCCAAGGACAUCAAGGCCAAGCUGAUCCUGGAAGGCGCCAACGGACCGACCACACCAUCUGGCGAGAAGAUCCUAUUGGAUAAGGGUGUGCUCCUAGUUCCCGAUCUCUAUUGCAAUGCGGGCGGCGUAACAGUGUCCUACUUUGAGUACCUCAAAAACAUAAACCACGUGUCAUAUGGCAAAAUGAACUCUAAAUCAACAUCCGAGCUUAUUAUCGAACUGAUGAACUCCAUCAAUGAGUCUUUGCAUGAAUGCCCCGAUAGUAAUCUACCGAACAUAUGCCCCAAUAAGAAACUUAAGAGGAUACAACAAUGCACCACAGAGGCGGAUAUCGUGGACUCGGCUCUCCAAACAGUUAUGGAAUCUGCAGCACGUGGCAUCAAGGAGAUGGCCCACAAAUUUGAAUUGUGCAACGAUCUGCGGAGGGCCGCUUACGUCUGGUCAUCAUUCAAAAUUUUCCAAGCCAUGGAAAGCUCCGGAAUUUCGCAACAGUAGUGGUUUACACAAGAAAUUCACAGUUUUUAAUUGGUUAAUUCUUAAUUCUUAAGCUUAAUAAAAGAGUUACUACUUAAUUAAAACAUG